AUGACAGAUAACAAUAAUCUGCUGAUCGGCAAUAAUAAAAUAGCACCAAUAACAAAUCCCAAGGAGACUUCUAUUCAAAUACCCACUAGCAAUCGAAGAGCUUGUGGUUUAGAUUGGGCUGAAUCAUCCUGGAUACGAUGGAUUUAUGUCAUAUUUUGGUGGUGGUUAAAUCCAAUUUUAAAUAUUGGUUAUAAACGUCAAUUAACUGAAAAUGAUUUAUUUGAUGUAUCAUCAAAUGAUGAAUGUAGUCAUUUAUUGAAUAAACUUGAAAAAGUAUGGGAACAAAAUGAAAAUAAGUAUGAAUAUAUUAAUAUAUGGAAAAUAAUCGUAAAAACGUUUUGGAAAGAGUGUCUAACAAGCGGUCUAAUUUUACUUCCAUAUCUUGGUACAAAAAUAGCUCAACCUCUAUUUUUAAAACAAAUCAUUCUUAAUAUUAAUGAUUUAAAUGCACCUUCAUACGUUGGUUAUUUAUAUGCCAUUGGAUUAGGACUUGCAACAAUUUUUCAAUCACUUCUCCAUCAUCAAUUUUUUUUCCGUACAAUACGAACUGGAAUGCAUAUACGGAUUGGACUCUCGUCUAUUAUUUAUAAAAGAUUAUUGUCAUUGCCAUUGACAGCAAUUAUGAAAACAACUACAGGUCAACUGAUAAAUUUAAUUUCCAACGAUGUUAGUAAAUUUGAAGAAUUAAGCAUUACUAUGCAUUAUAUAUGGGCAGCACCAUUGGAAGCAAUCGUUGUCUUUGGUUUAAUUUGGAAUGAAAUUGCUAUUCCAACCUUAUUCGGUUAUGGUGUAUUGCUACUUUUAGUACCAUUGCAACUGUUUUUUAGUAAAAAAUUUGCAACAUUUAGAAAAGAAACUAUACAAUGGACCGAUAAACGUGUAAAAGUUAUCAAUGAAAUCUUGGUUGGUUGUCAAAUUGUUAAAAUGUAUAGAUGGGAAGAAGCAUUAGAAGCUCUUGUUUAUAAUACAAGAAAAAAUGAGCUUAUGAGUAUUCAAAAAGCAAGUCGAAUUCGAGCAAUUAAUACAGGCAUGUAUUUUUCAUCAAUAUCAUUAAUUUCGUUAACCACAUUUGGUGGAAGUUGGUUGAUGGGUCAAACACUAUCUCCUGCAACUAUAUUCACGAUUUUAUCAUUGUUCGGUAUGAUAAGAUACCCAUUAACAGCUAAUUUACCUUAUGCUAUUGAAAAAUUAAGUGAAAGUACCAUAGCUUCAAAUCUUGAAUUAAUUGAUAUUGAUUUAAAUGUAAAUAGUGGUUCAUUAGUUGGUAUUAUAGGAACAAUUGGUUCGUGUAAAUCGUCUCUUUUAGCAGCUAUACUCGGUGAAAUGUCUCUUGUUCAAGGUAGCAGUAACAUAUAUGGUAAAACUGCAUAUGUAUCCCAAACACCAUGGAUAUUUGCUGGUACUAUACGUGAGAAUAUAUUGUUUGGUAAAUCCUUUGAGCAAGAGAAAUAUGAACGUAUAUUGUCAGCAUGUCAAUUAAAUGCUGAUUUACGAUCAUUUUCUGCUGGUGAUUUAACAGUAAUUGGUGAAAAAGGAGUAAAUUUAAGUGGAGGACAAAAAGCUCGUAUUACACUUGCUCGAGCUUUAUAUAUCGAAGCUGAUAUUUAUUUAUUUGAUGAUCCACUAGCAGCAGUUGAUCUUACAGUAGCUAGAAAAAUUUUUAAACAAUGUAUUAGUAAUGAAGGUAUUUUGAAGAAUAAAACUCGAUUAUUAGUUACACAUCAAAUACAAUUUUUAUCAGAAUUUGAUCACUGUAUUUUAUUACAUGAUGGUAAAAUAGAAAAACAAGGUUUAUAUAAUGAUUUAUUGAUAAUAGAUAAAAUAAAAGAAUCCUAUGAAAAUCAGCAAUAUCAUACAGAUGAAACAAGAGAUAUUAAAAAAAGACAUGAUAGUACUAUUUCUUAUUAUGAUUCAACUAAUACACCUGGAGAUAUUGAUGAAAACAGUAUUGUUCAAGAAGAAAUAUCUAUUGGUGGAACAGUUAGUAUUGAUGUUUGGUUGAAAUUAUUCACUUCUGGUUAUGGUUGGAUUGGAUUAUUAUUAUUAUUUUUUAUAAUGUUAUUAGGUGAAGGUGUUUAUGAUGCAACUAAUAAAUGGUUAAGUGUAUGGUCAUCAAAAAAAGACAUAGAACAACGUAAAAAUCAUUAUCCAUAUGUAUACUUAGGAUUAGUAAUUGGUACAUUGACAAUUGGAUUAAUUCGUGCUGAUUAUUUUUUUCAUUUAAUAUUACGUGGUGCAUCUGUAUUACAUAAUAGUAUGCUUAAAGGUGUUCUAUAUAGUUCAUUAAGAUUUUAUGAAAGUAAUCCAGUUGGUCGUGUAUUAAAUAGAUUUAGUAAAGAUCAACAAGUUGUUGAUGAAUUAUUACCAGCAACAUUUUUUGAUACAAUUCAAAUAUUAUUAAUGGUAUUAGGUAGUAUUGUUAUUAUUGGUAUGACAAGUCCACGGAUACCUAUUAUUCCAAUAUUUCUAUGGUUAAGAAGAUUUUAUUUAAAAACAAGUAGAGCUGUUAAACGAUUAGAUAGUGUAACUAGAAGUCCUAUUUAUGCAUUAUUUUCUUCAUCAUUAAAUGGAUUAAUGACUAUUAGAGCAUUUAAUAUGGAAAAUAAUUUUGUAAAUCUAUUUAUUGAUAAAGUUAAUGCAAAUACACGUGUAUUUUUUAUAUUUAUUUGUUCAAAUAGAUGGUUUGGUUUUAGAUUAGAUUUAAUGACUUGUUGUUUAACACUUUUAACAGCAAUUUUAUGUGUUGCUUUACGUAAAAAUAUGGAUCCUUCAUCUGUAGCAUUGGGUUUAUCAUAUUGUAUUAGUUUAACUACUCUUUUUCAAUGGGGCGUACGUCAAUCGGCUGAAACUGAAAAUUAUAUGACUAGCGCUGAAAGAAUUGAUGAAUAUUCUCAUAUUCCUUCAGAAUCAGGUUUUUAUAAAGAAGAAUCAGAACCACCAAUUAAUUGGCCAUUUGAAGGAAGAAUUCAAUUCGAAAAUUAUAAAUUAAAAUAUCGUCCAGAACUUGAACCUGUAUUAAAAUCUAUUAAUUUAGAAAUUCUUCCACGAAAUAAAAUUGGUAUUAUUGGACGUACAGGUUCUGGUAAAUCAUCUAUUUUUCAAGCACUAUUUCGAUUAACUGAUAAAUCAACAAUAGAUGGAAAGAUUUUUAUUGAUGGAAUUGAUAUUAGUAAAAUNGAGAAAGUUGAUGUAAACGUGGUACGUUUCCCAUGGAAUUAG